AUGGCUUCGGUGGUAUACUUGCACCGUGUUUUGGAUGUUAUGUCAGAAACCAGUGAAUUACGAAGUACAACGAUCGGAAUAGCGCGACAAGCGGGAUAUGCAGCUGGUGGCGCAGUGCUUGGCGGAUUGAUCGCAGGCCCGACCGGUGGAUUGCUGGGCACUAUCGUCGGUGGCGCUGUGGGCUACAUCAGAACUGAUCCAUACUGCAAUCUUUGGCUGGCAGUGCAGUCGCUCUCGCAAAGUGAGAAAUCGUCACUUGGUCAUAAAAUCCAGCAACUUGUUGGCGCAGUAACCGUCGAGGAAUUUAUGCACUGGAUUCAGUCCGAAGGUCAUCGGCAGCUCAUUCUGACACUGCUGCAGGAAGCUGUGAAACGAACAUGA